AUGAUUUUUGAUAAAUUAUCACCAACUGAUCACAUGUUUGAACCUUUACCAUCAUCAUUUAUCGAACAUCCAUUAUCGAAUGAAUGUAAUUUUUCACAAAUUGAAUCAUCAAAACAAAAAAUGGUCUCAACAAAAGAAGAAAAUUCUACAAAUGAUAUGUAUGCAAUAACAACUAAUCGAUAUCAUCGAUUAAAACCAUCACCAUUAAAUCUUUCAUCAUUAUCAACUGAAAAUAGAACAUCAACAACAAUUAAUCAAUCAUUAGAACAAAUUGAACAAACUACAAAGACUAAUGUUGAUGAAGGAUCAACAAAUUCUCUUUGGCAAUCAUCAGAUAAUCAUCAUCUACCAAUAUCUUCUACAAAAUCUUUAUCAAUUUCUCAAUUCUAUCCGAAUUCAUUAAUUACUUCAUAUUCAUCAUCAUCAUCAUCUUCUGAUUUAAGUUUAAUUAACAGUGAUCCACAUCAUGGUGAUAAACCUGAAAUAAAAACUCUUUCAUCAUCAUCAUCAUCUGGUUAUGAAUCAUCAUUAAAUUCUGUAUCUGAUCAUUUUUUUCCUUCAUCUCCAGAUUCGAUUAUAAUUUCUGAUUGUAGUCUCAUUGAACGAUAUAUUGAUUUACAUCUACAAAAACAAUUAUCAUUUGAACAUGAUAUAACUUCUUCACCUUUAUCGUUGAGUUCAUCAUCAAGUUCAUUUUUUUCUCAUGAUUUAAUUUCAACUAUUGAUUCACCAUCAUAUUGUCAAAAAUAUCUUAUUCAUAAUCAAUUAUCUAGUGAUACUGAUGAUGAUUCACAAGCAACAACAAUAUCAACUAAUGUAUUACCUUUACAAAGAGAAAAGAAACGACCAAGAAGUUUACCAAUAGCCAUUCAACAACCGAAAGAUGUAUUAGACGAUGAUGAAACAGAUAAUAGUUCUCCAAAUGGUUCUCUUUGCUAUUUUUCAAUAACUAUACCAGAAAAGAAUUCUUUUCAAACAUAUGAAUCAAAUUCUGUUGUAACUUCGAAUGGAAUAUUUUUGGAAAAAAAAUUAAUUAUACCAUUAAUUGAUAAGCUAAAUAUUAAUGAACAAAUAAUAGUCAAUCAAAAAAAUUCAUUGGAACAUUUUAUAAUGAGUCCAACUGAUAAAGUUAAAAUACAAAUGAAAUAUCAUGAAAAUGAUAUAAAAAAUAAUGAAUUAAAAAUUUCUCAACCUGAAGAUAUUGAUUUUAAACGAUCAAAACUAAAAGCUAUUCGAGUACUUUAUCAAAAUAGAAUUAAUUUUAAUAAUAUUCAAUCUCCGGUGAUACAUCAAAAUUCAACUAUACUUUCAUCAAGAACAGCAGGUUAUUGCCGUUCUCCAUUAGCUAAACGAACUAUUAAUCCACGUUUAUUGAGAAGUGUUCUAUCAUGUAGUGUAUUUGAAGUUGAUGAUGAACACGAAGUUGUUUCAUCAACAACUCAAAAUAAUGUUAAUGGAACACGUGAAAAAUCUCAUAUUGAAACAUUCAAUUGUUUACGUGGCAAUUUUACAGAAUCAUUAUUACAUGGAAAAAUUCUUCCUUGUGGUAUACUCGAUGGUUUUACAGUUAAAUUAGGUGCAAAUGGAUUGUUUAUCCCUAAACAAGUUAUUUUACCUGUGACAACAUUUUGGUUUAAUAUAUCCGAACAUCAAGCAGCAUCACCUUAUCUCGGUUAUAUUAAUUUACAAUGUUUACCAAAACGUGGUUAUCAUACACCAACAAAAGGAACAAUAACAUUAGCUUUAUUAAAUCCAAAUGGAAUAGCAAUUCAUUUAUUUUUAAUAGUAUAUGAUUUAAGUGAUAUGCCACCUGAUCAUCGAACAUUUAUUCGUCAACGAGUUGUUCAUAUACCUGAUGAUAAAAUAUAUAAAGAAAAUCUCAGAUAUUUAGCUCAUAUACGUUUUGUAACAUCACAAACUGGAAAACUCUAUAUGCAUUCCGAUAUACGAUUAAUAUUUGCACGUAAUAAACUUGAUUAUGAUGAACGAACAGGAAAUGGAAAACCUCAAUUAGUGACAUCAACAGAUAUGCCAACACCAAAAUAUUGGUCACGUAAAUAG